GAAGAACCGGAAACCAGUGAAUUCUCCGAUACAGAUGAUGCGAUGGGUGAACUAGAGUCACAGCAGGUAUUUAGUGUAUUUCUACUUUGCAAAGGAUACUACAACACUGGCCAACUGAUGCCAUUUCAUCCUGAUGCAUUUCCACGGCAUUAG